GACAGGUUUUGAACAGACUCGUGCAAAGCAGGAGCAAAGGAGCCCUUCGGUCCGCCCAUUAAUAUAACCAAUCGUGUUCUGGAGAAUUGACCAAUCAGAUACCAGGACGCACUGGAAACAGGAACAGUUCAUAUCGGACAUGCACACACGAAUAUAAUUUCAUCUGCCGUCGGUCUUUAUCACACAUGCGCGAUAUUGACUGUGUUUACUUCAUCAUACGUCGGAGCCACGUUGUCUGGCGGAAUGAAGGGUUUGUAUUUGGUGGAGCCGGUGGUCGCUGUGUACGCGUUUGCCAGUUUUAUGGUGUAUCCUCUGGUGCAGCAGUAUGUUUACCGCCGUCUGUGGCAGCAGAUCACCAACACCUCUUACCCUGUACUCGGAACUUCAUCCCAGUGCGACACGAACAGCAGCAACCAUUCCAGCCAACAUGAAGAAGUGCAAAAAGCAACCUCGCUGUUCUCCAUGUACUCAGAACUUUUCUCCAUGAUCCCCAGUCUCCUGGUGACCCUUGUCCUGGUGACUUAUAGCGACCAGCGUGGACGUAAAAUCACCAUCAUUCUCCCUCUCAUAGGCUCUCUGGUCUACUGCACCUGCUUCCUAGUAGUGUCCAUCUUUGAGCUUAACCUCUACCUGCUAAUUGCAGCAUCCAUACUCAGCUCCCUCUUCGGUGGUAUAGGCACGAUCCUGGGUGGCUGCUUCUCCUACGUGGCCGACUUGUUCGAGGAUGGAAAGCAGAAGAUGCUACGCAUGGCUGGGCUGGACAUGAUGCUCGGACUUCUCUCUGGCGUAGCCUUGAUCUCCACAGGCUACUUUAUAAAUUCAGCGGGAUUUAACUGGCCCUUUUUCACCGCUGCCAUGUUUCAUCUGCUCAAUCUAGUUUAUGCACUGUUUAUUCUGGAGGAAAGCAGGGUGAUUGACAGUGUGGCUUAUGGUGAAACUAACACUCAUACAUUAAAGAAGCUUACACUUGGGAUCUACAGCCUCUUUGUGCGGGGAAGCAGGAGGAGGAACUACCUGCUUGUACUCUUGAUUAUCAUCUUCUGCUCAUUCAGCUUUGUGAACUUUGGAGGCCUGAGUUUGUUCAUGCUUUACGAGCUGAACGAACCACUGUGCUGGAACGAGAUCCUCAUUGGCUAUGGCUCGGCUCUCUCCACAGCUGUGUUUGCUGUCAGCUUCGUCGGCGUGUAUGCGCUGUCACGCUGCCUCUCUGACACGACCAUCAUCUUCAUUGGGAUAUUGUCUGUUUUCAUAGGCUUCGUGAUGAUGGCCUUCAUCAAGACCACACUUCUGAUGUUUCUUGUGAGGAUUCCUAUGCUCCUGGCUAUCAUGCCGUUUCCUGUCAUGCGUGCCAUGAUGUCAAAGGUGGUCUCAAAGACUGAGCAGGGUGCACUCUUUGCCUGUGUGACCGCCAUUGAUAAUCUAACAACUACCAUGGCAAAUGCAGUAUUCAACAGCAUCUAUGCUGCCACAGUAGCCUGGUUCCCUGGUUUUGCCUUCCUCCUGGCUGGUGGACUGUGCCUCAUUCCCAUUAGUCUGCUGGGCAUGCUUCGAUUCUUUGGACUAGAAAAUACCAACGAAAGUGAGAGUCUCUUGCCAGAAGAGGAAACUCCAGAAACGGACUACACACCUGUAGUCUAAAAAAAAAAGGGAAGAUGCUUCUCACCACUCUGUCUGCAACUGUGUGCCUUGGGGCAACUGUGUGUAUUUGGAGUUGUGAGCAGUGUAUUUUAAACCAAUUUUACUUUGGCACUUUAAAUAUUACAAAAGUAAUGCUUUAACGAUUAUAUGUGAAAAUGCUUAGGAAGGGUAUUUACAAAAAAAAAAUGCUGAGAAGGGAAGAUAUAAAUAUGCUUAGUAAGGGUACUCAAGGUCAUGUUAUACUUUACAUUUCUGAGGAAAUGUAUUUUUAGUUCUUUGCAAACUAUGUUUGCAGAAGGAUUUUAUUAGUGAAACAUGUAUUUAAAAUUACUGUAUGGGUUCUUUUUUUCUUUUCAAAAAUACAA